AUUGGGGUAUAAAUAUGAAGUGUCUCUCAAGAACGACAGUUUAGUGUCAAUUUUUAAAUAAAAUGACGCUUACGAUUCGAAUAUUCAUACUGCUCCUUGCACUCUUUGUGUUGUUGUGUGCGGGUGGAAAAAAUAAAGAUCAUGAAUGGUGGGAACAUGCACAUUUCUAUCAUAUCUAUGUACGUUCAUUUCAAGACACUAAUGGUGAUGGCAUUGGAGACUUAAACGGAAUCAUUUAUCGAUUACCUUAUCUGAAGGAUAUUGGAGUAGAUGCCAUUUUGCUAUCACCAAUAAAUCCAAGCCCUCUGAAAGACUACGGCUACGAUAUUUCAAACUACCGAGAAAUACAUCCACAAUAUGGAAAAAUGGCGGAUUUUGACCAAUUACUUGCAGCAUGUAACAAAAGUGAUAUAAAAUUAAUUUUAGAUUUCGUGCCAAACCAUACCUCAAAUCAACAUGAAUGGUUUCAAAUAUCUUCAAAUCCGAAACAUAAAGACUACAAGAAGUAUAAAGAUUAUUACAUUUGGAAUAAGGGAAAAAAGUUAUCAAAUGGCAGUAUAGUCGAACCGAGCAAUUGGCGCAGUGUAUUCAGCGGAAGUGCAUGGACAUGGAUGAAGAGUAGAAAUGAGUAUUAUUUGCAUCAAUUUUACUCCGAACAACCUGAUCUGAAUUUUCGAAAUUCUGCGGUUAAAAAGGAAAUAGAUGAAACUAUGAGAUUUUGGCUACAAAAGGGAGUCGCCGGAUUCAGAAUGGAUGCUGUGGGGUUUUUAAUGGAAUCAAAAGCGAAUAAAAAAGGAUACUAUGAUGAUGAACCUGAAUACAUUUCCAGAAAUCCAUUCGAUGAUCCUGAAUCACAUCGUGAUCCAAAUGGUCACAAAAAUUUAAACCAUACUCAUACAAAAAAUUUAGAUGAAUCGUAUGAGUUAGUUUAUCACUUCCAUGAUGUGGUAAAAGAAAGGAAAUUUUCAAACUUUCCUCGGAUUUUGUUUUCCGAAGACUACACCAGCCAUAUUGACGGCACAUUGAAAUAUUUUGGAAAUGUUCGGAAAGGCAAGAUCAUUAAAAAUGGAGUCGAAGUUCCGUUCAUAUUCAAUCCAAUUCAAUAUGCAACACGUUCGUCAUCAGCUUUUUUUUACAACAAAGCAAUUGUUAAAUAUUGCCUUGGGCAUGUGACGAGAUAUGCGAAAGAAGGCAAAAUUCAUCCGAAUUGGGUUUUAGGAAAUCACGAUAGACCAAGAUUAUCAACCAGACUCGGAGAAGAACGUACUGACAUCCUGAAUAUAUUGAUAAAAACAUUGCCUGGAAUCACUAUAACUUAUUAUGGCGAAGAAAUAGGAAUGACUGACGUGCCAAUUCCUAGGAAAGAAAAUGAUGAGGGCUAUAGUUAUGAUCGUGAUCGAUGUCGAACACCGAUGCAAUGGGACAGUACAAAAAAUGCUGGUUUUAGUACUUGUCAAUCCCAAAAAACAUGGCUUCCGAUCGGCAGUAAUUAUAAAGUGCUCAAUGUUGAAUUACAAAAGUCAUCAAAUCGCAGCCAUUUGUAUAUUUUUCAAAAGUUGGGCGAAUUGCGAAAAAAUCCAAUCAUGAAAUAUGGAGCAUAUAUGUUAUUCGAUGGCAAGGAUUACGAUGUUCUAGCAUAUAAACGAUACAUCGAAGGAGAAUCGGAUGUAGUUGCCGUUUUUCUUAAUUUCAGUCGAUACGACCGAAUUAUAAAUGCAAAUAAAUUUCUGAAAGGACUUCCUGAUCAAAUGGAAAUAUACGUUUGUUCCAUCCAUUCCAAAUUAAAAGGUACGGUUGACAUGCACAAGCUGUACUUACCAAGAAGCACUGGACUUGUUCUAAUCGGCAAGAAAGAUGUGAAAUCAAAAUCUGAAACAUCAACAUCCAGUAAAAAGAAAUCAUUGUUUCAAUACAAAAUGCUAGAGGCUCGGAAGUAAUUUUUAUUGGCAUUUAACCAAGCAUAUUCAUGAAUGUUCACCCAUUUUGACUAUAUUGAAUAAUAUAAAAUUUUAUUUUUUGUUGGGUGUGUUUCACAUCGCUGCUUUAUAUGAACUAUAUAAUCACAAUAUAAUUCUUACAAAAUUGUG